AUGGAUUCAAACAUUACAAAUGAAAUCAAUAUAUUACUGUUGGGUGAGACAGGUGUGGGAAAGACUACAUUCAUCAACGCUUUUGCCAAUUAUUUGAACAAUGAUUCACUGGAACAGGCAGUCAAUAGUAAGCUCCUGUGUCUUAUACCGACUCAGUUUGUUGUCACUGAUGUCGACUAUCAGGUUAGACAGGUAUCAUUUGGCGGCGACAACAAUGAAAACUUUGAUAGUCCAGGACAGUCAACCACACAGCAGUGUCGAGCGUAUUGUUUUACAUAUGACGAUAAAAAUACCGACCACAAGAUACUGGUGCGACUCAUAGACACACCCGGUGUGGGCGAUACGCGCGGCACUGAUCAGGAUAAACAUAAUUUGGAUCACGUCCUGCAGUUUAUCAGUCAGUAUGAAGUAUUGCAUCUGAUCUGUAUACUUAUGAAACCCGACGAAAAACGACUGACCAAUUCGUUUGAGUAUUGCCUGAAACAGUUGCUCAGUUACCUCGAUAAGGAUGCUACCAAUAACAUGGUGUUUGUGUUUACUAACACACGACCAACCUUUUACAAACCAAGAAAUACACCGGCGCUACUCAAACAAGUGUUGGAUCAGUUGGAGAAACAGACAUCCGGUGCCAGGAUAUUGUUGGACAGACAUACCAUGUAUUGUGUGGAUAAUGAUUCGUUUCAGUAUUUGAUAGCCGUUAAAAAUGGUAUCAAUUUUGAAGCCGAUUGGUUGGCCAACUAUGAGCUCAGUUGGCAGCGUUCAGUGGACGAGUGUAAACGUCUACUAAACUAUGUGACGGUUGGCCAGUCACGCAAACCUUUGCAACCGCAUCGCAUUCAAAACACAGUGUCCAUCAACGAAACACGACGUCUGAUACUGGCGCUCAGCAAACCAUUGCUGAACAUUACCGAAGAUAUUGUCAACUAUUUGGCCGAAUUGGACCAAUUGAAAGCAGACAUAACCGAAUGUCAGGACGAUAUCGACAAUAUAUUGACAAAUUUGCGUCAUUUGGAUCUACAAAAGUCCAGUUUCUGGAGCCGAUUGUUUAAAGGAAAAAACAAUACCGUACGGGAACGGGAGGAAUUGGUAAAACUGUUGUCCAAUAAGACUGACGGUAAGAAAAGUAAAGAAUCAUCGUUGGUCUACAUCGACAACUUAAUACAAAUGCUUCGCCAGGAAGAGGACACUAUUAUGCGAUCGAUGGCCAAGUUUGCACUGUUUCUCAAACGAAACGCCAUCACAGUGUGGAACGACUCGUGCGAUGAGCAUAUCCGCAAACAGCGGACAAUUAUCAAAACGUCUAACAAGUCGACGGAAACUAUUAGAGACGAACUGAAAAAAUGGACAGCCAUUCGGGAAAGGUAUAGCUUUGAACAGUCUGUACUGGAAAAGGCUACCGCUAUGGGCGAGAAUGAAGGCAUCGAUAUAUCGGUCGAACACGUGGCCAAACUGAUACCUGUGCUCUACGAACUGAAAUAUACUGGCGAUGAAAUACGUGAACAACAUCGCCAGUGUAUGGCACACAAUGAUCAGCAGAUUAAGUAUGAAUUGGUUCAAGUGAUUGAGCCAAAUGAGUCCAGAUAA